GGAAGGACAAAGGGUUCUAGCCCCAGUCAGGUUUAGGUCCCAGUGGGGCCCCAAGUCAGCCUCAGUGGACCCCCUUUGUAAAGGGCUCCCCCUCUGAGAGUACUUCAGCCCCAUUGGCUGGGAGAGGCUGUGAUGCCCGAUGCUCCCUGGGAACACACGGGACGUGGCACCUGAACCCCUGGACUCCUCGCUCCCAGGGAUUUUCCUUUCCUGUCCCCAGGAAGCGACUCUCAGUUUCAACAUCAUCACCUACGUGGGACUGACCCUCUCCCUGCUGUGCCUCUUCCUCGCCAUCCUCACCUUCCUCCUGUGCCGCUCCAUCCGCAACGUCAGCACCUCCCUCCACCUGCAGCUCUGCCUCUGCCUCUUCCUGGCCGACCUGCUCUUCCUCACCCAGGUGACCCACCCCGGCAGUCAGGUGGCGUGUGCUGUCAUUGCUGGCCUCCUGCACUACCUCUUCUUGGCCUGCUUCAGCUGGAUGUUCCUGGAGGGGCUGCACCUCUUCCUCACCGUCAGGAACCUGCAGGUCGUGAAUUACACCAGCGCCAGCCGGUUCAAGAAGAGAUUCAUGUACCCGUUCGGCUACGGAUUCCCAGCCCUGGUGGUGGCUAUUUCUGCAGCGGUGAAUCCUGGUGGCUACGGAACUUUCACACACUGCUGGCUCAGCCUGGACAGAGGCUUUCGUUGGAGCUUCCUGGGUCCAGUCUGUGCCAUAAUCCUGAUAAAUAUAACGUUCUUUGCCCUGACCCUGUGGUUCCUGAGAAACAGACUCUCCUCUCUCAAUGCAGAUGUGUCCACCCUCAGAGACCACAGGUUACUGACCUUUAAAGCCAUCGCCCAGCUCUUCAUUCUGGGCUGCUCAUGGAGCCUGGGUCUCCUCCAAGUCGGCCCAGCAGCCACGGUCAUGGCGUAUUUAUUCACCAUCGUCAACAGCCUGCAGGGAGCCUUCAUCUUCCUGGUGCACUGUCUCCUCAAUCGCCAGGUGAGAGAGGAGUACAGGAGAUGGAUCAAGGGAUUCCGAAUGUCCAGCACGAAAUCUCAGCCAUCCGAUCUGUCCAUGUCUGCUGUCCCCACCACCAGCACCAAGACGGAGUAACCUUUCUGCCAGGAGGAGUCGGCAGCAACCAGGGCCGGGGUCAAUACCUAGGAGUUGCAAUACAAAACCGAACCGGCUGGAGCCCCCUGUGAUGUUGUGCUCCAUGUGCUUUAUGGAAAUAUGCUCAUGAAUAUGACAUAACUGGAAUAUGCUUUACGCUAAAUACCCCUUGGAUGGUGUCUUUAGAAAGCUUGUAAUCUGCUAAGUGUGUUCAUCCUAUUUGUUUACAUGAAUUGUUUGGGUGAGUGGGAGCUCUGAGGUUCCCUGCUCCCCACGGCAGCUGAGCAGUUGUGGAGGAUCCCACCGCCUGCAGCAGCAGGGAGCUCCAGUUCCCCGCCACCUGCGGCAAGUGGGAGGUCUAGGGUCCCCCACUGCCCACGGGGGAUGGGCUGCUGCAGGGCCUUCUCACCUCCCACGGCAGCUGAGAGCUCCAGGGGGUCCCCCCUCUUCCUGCCAUGGCUGGGCAACUACGGGGAGUCCCCCACUACCAACAGCAGGGCAGACGGGGAUGCUUGGUGGUGGAGACGGCCUUCCCCGUCCACGCCGCUGCGCCACAUGCAACCCCCUUCCACCGUGUCAAGAUUAUCGGCGUUGCAGCUGAGCUCCUCGGGGAGGAGACAGGCCUGGGCAGCGGGGCCUCGCCAGGUAGGACCCAGCGCAGGGAUCUGGGGGGUGCCCCAUGGCCUUCCUCCCCCAUCAGACUAGGAAGCUUUCCGCCCCCUGGUCAGUUCUGGGGUGGGGAUUAUUGGGGGGCAACGCUAAUUGGAGGGGAAAGACCUCAGGUCCAUGACCUCCAGGACAUAAUCGUAGCUUUAGCCAUGAGCAAACUCCUACCCCAGAAUAUACUGAGCAGUGUCUUUCCUGGGCGUGGGAAGCCCUGUUAGAACCACCCCCAGCAGCUGGAAUAUUCCCCAGAAAAAUCAGGCGUAACCCCAUUGAAUUCAGUAGAGUUACUCCUGCCCUGCACCCGGGUAACUGAGAGCAGUAGCUGGCCCACCUCAGCCCCACACUGGUGUCCCGCAGCUCUGACUUGUCUCCCAAAGCCCUGGGAAGUGGCCAGUCUCCAAUCUCAAGGGUGGAUUCUCAGGGGAAGGAAUAACCGACGUCCUGGUGAGGAACCCAAAGGGAGAUCGUCCCUAGGACAUUACAAGGGCUUGUGGUUGAGGAGAUACCAAGAGCCUUUCACCUCCAGAGCAGCAGCUGACCCCUUGUUGAGGAGAGGGGCCAGACCAGCCUGUGCUGGACCUGCACCCUAAGACUAUCUACCUCUUCUGUAGCUCAUUUCCUCAGAAGGUCUCAAUGUCCUUUACAAAGGAGGCUAUUACCAGUAUCCCCAUGUUACAUAAGGUUCCUGGGAAACAAGUGGGGCGAUAGACAGAACACAGAUCCCUAUCUUGGCACCAGACCACCUUGCCAAAGAGAACAUAAACCGAAAGGGAUACUUCUCAAUGGUGUUGCAGGUGCUGGUGGAUCACAAGGGCCAUUUCACCGACAUCAGUGUGGAAUGGUCAGGAAAUGUACAUGACGCCGGCAGCUUUAGGAACUCCAGUCUCUUCAGAAAGCCGCAAGAAGGAACUUUCUUUCCAGACUGCAAAAUAACCAUUGUUGACGUUGAAAUGCCAGUGGUUAUCCUUGGAGACCCAGCCUACCCCUUGCUCCCAUGGCUCAUGAAGCCGUACACAGGCAGCCUGCACAGCUGUAAGGAGCAGUUUAACCAUAGGCUGAGCAAGUGCAGAAUGGUGGUGGAAUGUGCCUUUGGACGUUUAAAAGCCCGCUGGUGUAGUUUGCUAACUAAUUUAGAUCUCAGUGAAAGCAGUAUUCCCAUUGUUGUUGCUGCUUGCUGUGUGCUCCACAAUAUCUGUGAAACAAAGGGAGAAAAGUUUCCGGUGGGGUGAGGGGUGGAGGCAGAUUGCCUGGCAGCCAACUCUGAGCAGCCAGACACCAGGUCCAUAAGAAGAGCACAUUGAGAUGCACUGCGUCUCCGUGAGGCUUUGAAAACUAGUUUCAUCCAUGACCCACAGUGAUGUGAAACUUCUGUGUGUUGUUCCUUACCAAGCUGCCCCCUUCAUUGCAUGUCCCCCCACCGUAAACUACACCCCCGCUGACCACAGUGUGCUGAGCGAAUAAAGAGCCUUUUCUCCUCAAGCCAUUAACUUUUAUUAUGCUCACAAACACUGAUGAGAGUCAGCAAAGAAAAGUAAAGAGAAGCUGUGGCUAUGGGGCUGAUAACACUGUGAGGUGGGGGAGAAACAAGGACAGGUUGCUUACAAUUUGUACCACUAUAACAAUCAACGCUGUGGGAAUGGGCCCCUUCUGUUCCUUGUCCCCUCCCCUGGAGUUGAGUACAAGGGAUACCGGAGCUUCCCCUCUCCUCCCACCCCCAUCCUAGGACAUCUGGGAGAGAAAGAUGUGGAGCUUGGUGACGAGGGCAGCAGGUUCAGCAUAGGGUGCAGCGGGACUCUAGUGUCCAGCUGCCUUUCUUCAACCUCAGCCAGACGCCUCAACAUGUCUGUUUGCUCCCUCAUAAUCCGAACCAUCUCGUCCUGCGUGUCAUGCUCCUGUUCCCUGCAUACUCUCCUAGCCUCACGGUCACUGUGCAUGUUCUCUGACACUGCAAUCCUCCAUUCACUGAGCUCGGUCUUGUCACUCUCGGAGUCACGCAUUAACUCACUGAACAUGUCCUCCUGAGCCUUCUUUUUCCACCUUCUAGUAUGGAAAAGUCACUGUCCCGGUGUGGAGGAUGCGCCCACGGACAAGGUUUCACCUGCAAAGAAUGCAAAGCACAAGGGUAGCAUUGACAGUGCAGACAUUGUUUAAGGUGCAAGGUUAAAUCUUUUCAUAAAAGAAACAGCCCUCAAUGCACUUCCCCAAGAGCUACUGUGACGGUACCUCCCAUAAGGCUUUAUGGGAAUAUGACAUAACUGG